CAUAAAAGAGAAGCUAGACGGCAGCUCGUGGUCAGAGGUCGUGGGAUCUUCCGUUGCCACGAUGGCCUCCAAACUCCUGCUUCUGCUCCUCGUGUCGGUGUGUGCCGCCGAGUUGGGCUUCAAGCCCAAGCAGCAGUGCACUUACCACUACGAGGCGAAGCAAGCCAGCGGCAUUCCGGGCCUCCGGACGCAAUGGUCGGCCAUCGGCCUGAAGAUGGACAUCGACAUCCAGGCGACGACGCCGGAUAGCCUGUACGUCCAGCUGAAGAACAUCAAGCACGGUGAGCUGCACAACGAGCUGGUGCAGCAGCCGUGGCGCGAGGGCCUGCCCAUGCCGUGGUCGGCCGUCCCGCAAUUCCAGGGUCCGCUCAGUGAGAAGUUCAAGGUGGAGAUGAACAACGGCCAGGUGCGCACCAUCGUCACGUCGCAGGGCGAGCCCACGUGGGUGGUCAACAUCAAGAAGUCGAUCGCCCAGCUGUUCCAGAUGGACCUGAAGCAGCAAAACUCCAUCGAGCUGCCGCAUCUCUCGCAGCCCGACACCUACACGGCCGGCAAGGUGGGCGAGAGGGAGCGCUUCUUCCGCGUCAUGGAGGACAGCAUCGGCGGCGAGUGCGAGACCAUGUACGAGGUGACGCCACAGCUGGCCGACAACCUACGCGCCGACGCCGGCGAGGAGCUGCGCCGGCGCGGCGUCAGCGUGCCCGAGUGGGACGCGUUCCAUCCGUUCACCGUGACCAAGACGAAGAACUACCAGAACUGCCGGACGAGGCCCAUCUGGCAGCACCUGACGCCGCCGGCCGUCUCGUGCCGCGCCGACGACUGCCACCUGACCGCGUCCAACCGCAGUGCCACCGCCUACUACGUGCUCAACGGCGAGUCGACCGACUUCACCAUCCAGUCGGUGGUGGCCGAGAGCGAGGCGCUCAUGUUUCCCUACGGCCACGAGACGGAGCAAAUCUGGACCGUCACCAACCAGACCCUGUUCCUGGACAAGUGCCAGUCGAUGACGGCCGGCAGCGGAGUGACCUUUAUGGGGGAGCUGCGGCAGCCCAAGUCCGACUCGUCGCUCCAGUUCCGCUACCCGACCGUCGACGAGCAGCCGCUGCGUCUGCCCGACCUCAAGUCGGCGCCGCAGAUGAGCACACUGAUGCCGGGCGUGCCGGCCGAGCUGGUGCUGAAGCAGCUGCCGCCCACUGAAAUCGUGCAGCGCGCCGUGCAGCUGAUCCAGAAGGUGGACAACUUCUUGAGCCAGGUGCCCGACCCGGUCACGCAGGACGUCGCCGGCUACGUCAUCGAGAUCGAGCACGCCCUCAGCUGGCUGGGCUACGAACAGCUCAAGCAGGUGCAGCAGCACAUGCAGACGCCCGGUCAGAAGGACACCUUCUACGACAUGCUGGCCGCCGUCGGCACCAACCCGGCCGUCUCGCUGCUCCUGGACAGCAUGCAGCAGUCGCUCAUCACCGACGCGCGCGCCGCCACCGUCAUCGCCACACUUCCGAUGAACAUCAAGACCCCGACCGUCGAGCUCAUCAACCAGGUGUUCCACUUGCUCACGUCGAGCAGAGUGCAGACCAAGCAGUCGCUGCGCAUGACGCUGUCGCUGUCGCUCGCCAAUGUCUUCCACCAGGUGUGCGUGCGCAACGUAAGCGUCAACUUCAGCUACGCCAGCCGGCUGUACGGCAAACCGUUCUGUUCUGACGCCAUGAAGUCGCUGAUGAUCCAGCAGAUGAUCCCCUUCCUGACGCAGCAGGCGCACCAGCGCCAGGAGCCGGAGAAGCUUGCGUACAUCCAGGCGCUGGGCAACAUCGGCCACAAGGAAGUCAUUCCCGUUCUGCAGAGCUUCUUCACCGUGGCCAACAGCCCACUGGCGGCCAGCAAGGCCAUCUACGCGCUGUACAACGUCAACGAGAAGUACCCGGAGACGAUCCGCGAGCUGGUGAUGCCCGUGUUCAACGAUCUGUCGCGGCCGACUGAGGUGCGGCUGGCGGCCGUCACCACGGUGCUCGCUUCCAACCCGCCCAUCGCCUACUGGCAGAAGGUGGCCACCAGCACCUGGUUCGAGCCGCGCAUCGCCGUCGUUGCCUUCAUCCACAGCGCCUACAGCAGCUUCGCCAACAACACCAUGGCGCAGGUGUACCCGCUGUUCGAGAUGAGCCGGCGCGCGCGCAUCACGCUGCCGCUCAUCCGGCCGCCGCCGCAGGGCAUCCGCUACAGCAACAGCUUCGGGUUCGCAGCGCGCCUUAUCUCCAAAUACCAGGUGGCCUACAUCUCGCGCACCAGCUUCAUCAGCACGCAGGACUCGGUCGUGCCCAGUGUGUUCUACGGCGAGUUCCAGAACUACAUCAACAGCGUCGUCUACAGCUCCAGCAAGUACGCCAUCAACCUCCUCAACGUGCAGAGCGUGGUGGACAGUCUGCUGUUCGGGUCGAAAACGCGCCAGUCGCCGCGCGACAUCGGCCUGAGUUCGCCGGCGCUCCGCACCAUUGAACGCGAGCUGAACAUCAAAAAGCCAGAGAGCACCGGAGACUUCCAGUACACCAUGUACAUGCGCCUGAUGGGCACCAUGGACACCUUCUUCUCGGUGGACGCCAACAAGUACCAGGAGCUGCUGCAGAAGGCGCGCAACGGCGGCUCAUACAGCGCCAAGCAGGCGCAGAAGAUAGCCUACCUCGAGGACAAGACGGUGACGUUCCCGUCGGAGAUCGGCCUGCCCGUGAUCUACAUGAAGAAGGUGCCGCUGGUGUCGUCCGUGCGCGGCGAUAUGCAGGCGGAGUGGAACUACCAGGACGGCACGUACACGGCGCACGUGAAGCGCGCUCAGCCGUUCGUCGCCUCCAAGAGCCAGGUGAUGGUGUACACGCUGAGUCCGUUCACUCUGCGAAUGCUCGGCUCGGGCGUGGAGAACAAGGUGCAGGUGUCGCUGCCCAUCACGUUCCAGGUCAAGCUGGACCAGCAGGCCGCGCAGCUGCAGAUGUCGGCGUCGCUGCUGAGCCAGCCGUCGCCGGUGAAGGUGGCGCACAUCAAGACCAUGCCGUUCACCACGGCUGUCAAGGUCAAUGACUACACGCAACUCACCACGGCGCCCGACACGAAGGAGAUCAUCGUCAGGAAGCACACCGUGCUCGAAGUGCCCUUCGGCAAGCCGUUCGGCAUCAAGGGCUCGCUGCGGCUGGUCUCCGAGACGCCCGUGAUCAGCUUCGGCACGUUCUACAACGAGUUCCUGCAGCGCAACAGCUACCCCCACUUCUGGUACCUGCCCAGCUCGACGCGGUCGCGCCACUACGACCUGAUCGUGGACACCGCCAACUCCGAGUCACAGAAGUUCGAGGCCACAUGGACGUACAUGAACCAGACACAGGUGUCUGCGCCCGGCGGCCCCAUCACCACCAUGCGCAACCCGAUCAUCGAGAGCCAGCAGCACCAGCAGAAGGUCUCGGAAGCCAUCCGCAACGUCAUGCAGAUGAUGCAGCAGAGCGGCGAGGAGACCCAGGUGGGCGCCACUAUGACGUCCACCAUCACGCAGCGCGGCGGCCGGCAGCUCCACUACAAGAGCAUGUUCUCGUGGGCCUCGGACGCCGACUGGUACACGCAGAAGCUGCAGUUCCGCGGUGAGACUCCUUCCAACAAGGUGUGCCUCAGCACCAGCCUGGCCUUCCCGGUGUUGAGCGAGGCACGCCGCGAUCUGCUCAACGGCGAGGUCAGCAUGCCGCUGUCCGGACAGCUGGGCUUCGGCUCCAGCUGCCAGGAGUCCACCGUCACCAUGACGGGCAGAGUGCAGCGCGACAGCGUGGCGCGCCAGUACGCGCAGCAGUGCUCCGAGGCGCAGCGCUGCACGCAGCACGAGCGCAGCGGCCAUCCUAACUCGGCCGACUGCCGCAUCGCCAAGGACCACGCCGCGCUCGCCAACAACUGGGAGUUCGACUUCACCAUGCACAAUCUGCCGGCCGGCUUCCGCAACGCGUCGUACGCGCUGGACUACUUCGCCAAGUACAUGUGGUGGCCGUAUAUGACCAACGACCCGUACAAGACGAACGCCCAGAACAAGAUCGUGAUGAAGGUGCAAAUCGACCCGCGCAUCAACACCGCCACCGCCCACAUCAUGAAGCCGUUCGAGACCACCAAGUUCGAGCAGGUGCUGAUGCCCUUCGACAUCCGUUACGAGCCAUACCUUGUCACCAUGCGCAAGUCCUUCGGCACGAAGGUGGUCGACUCGCUGUUUGGCGUCGACAAGUCGGUUUGCAUCGCUGAUGCCCAGGAGCUGAAGACGUACAACAACGUGACCAUCCCCGGCAAGCCAUCCACCGAGUGCUGGUCCCUGCUCACCAAGGACGCGAGCGGCGCGCAGCAGAUCGCCAUCCUCCACAAGAAGAUCGACAACUACCCGGCGGUGCGCAUCCUGGUCAACACCAGGGACAUUGAGAUCUCGCGCGGCUCCAGCAUCCAGCUGAAGGUGGACGGCCGCCCGCAGCAGAUCAGCACGGUGCGACCGCUCGUGCUGCUCUCCGACAGCCACGAGACGCUGGUGCGCCUCUCAGUUCGGCCCGACGGCACCGUCAAGGUCAGCCUGCCCCAGCACAUGGUGCAGCUCAAGCUGACCACGGAGGCCGUCCUCAUCCAGGCGUCGCACCUGGCUCACCGCGGCAAGCUGACCGGCCUGUGCGGUAACUUCGACGGCGAACGCCAGGACGAGAUGAUCGGGCCGCAGGGCUGCAAGUUCACCAAGGCCGAGCCGUUCUUCAAGACCUAUACGGUGCCGCUCGACGGCGGCUCGCAGCAGUGUCGGCCGCAGCUGGUCGACCCGCGGCGCUGCGUGCGCCCGCCCACGCCGUACAACUGGAGCAUCACCUCCAGCGGUUACCGCUCUCACUAGCUCUGACCCCCCCCCCCCCCCUCACACGGACCACCGACCCCCGCAUGAAUGCGAACACGCCAAGGGCAUCCAUCACCCACCGGUAUUAUGUAUCGGUAGUAUUAGUUAAGGGAAGAGGCAUUGCGAUGUAACCACAAAGUAUGCGUGGACAAUAAACAGUGCGUAAACAGAA